UUUAGUGCCAGAAUCUCUUCGAUGGCUCAUCGUCAAGGGAAAAAUACAAGAAGCUCGUCAGACUUUACAACGUAUCGCCAAUGUCAACGGUAGAGACGUUCGUGGCGAUGAAAUCAAUCUACCCAGCUACGAAAAGGAAGAAAAAUCUCUUGGAGAUGUUAGAGUUCUGUUCAGCAAAAAAUAUCUAGUAUCCACCUUGGUUCUUUGGUAUAACAGUUUGGUAGGUGCUAUGAUAUAUAACGGUCUACACUUCACUGCUCCCAAUCUUGGAGGGAAUAUGUACUUGAACUGGUUUUUGUCAGGAGCUGGAGAAACAUUGGGCACAAUGAUGUCCAUAUAUGUCCACACGAGAUUUGGACGAAAGAAAACAACUGCUGGGUGUGAAAUUAUGGCUGGUCUAGCAUCACUUGUAUCGGUGAUUAUAAUACUUUACGACGAUGGAAGUCAAG